GAGGGUGCGAACACGGGUUUUUUUUCAGUCAGUCAGUCAGUCACCGCCCAACGAUAAUGAGAAGGAGGGCGAGAGGAAACGAGACGCACUGAUCGCCCCGCGGCAUGCUUUGCUCUCGAUCAGACCCCGCAAAGUCGGAGCCGGGCCUGACAGCCCCUCUGUCUGCAUGUACUGCUCGCGCUCGUACUGCCGCUGUUGGCGCAUCCACCGCACUGUCGCGCGUGCAUCCUAACGCGAGCAUUUCACCUGCGAUGCCCAUUCCGUCGUCCUGUAAUAGCGCAGCGAGCUCCACAUGCCUCAGCACAAGCGGGAGCGGCUUCUUGAUUGCAGCCGCUCGGCUCUCGCCUGUACGGCACGCUUCAAAGUACUGCGAGAAGAAUUGCUCGACGCGGAUGCGCUCUGUGCACAGCAGUGCCAAGCGAUAAUUAUGUUGUAUACACACGCAGGUCAGCGUGUGGGUCC